AUGGCGGCCUCCUUGCGGCUGGGGCGUCAGGGAAUUUUAAUUAGUCUGAGAUUAGUGAAAUUUAAGAAAGACCCAUGGGCGCCGCAUUUAUGUCGAGGUCAAUUAAGGCACUUUUUUCAGUCCCCAUCUUUUUUUGGGGUUGCUCCACUCAAGGUUCAGAUGCCAGCUCUCUCCCCCACUAUGGAGGAAGGCAACAUCGUUAAAUGGCUGAAGAAGGAAGGUGAGACAGUGGCGGCUGGUGAUGCGCUCUGUGAGAUCGAGACAGAUAAGGCAGUGGUUACCAUGGAGUCCAAUGAUGAUGGGGUCCUGGCCAAAAUCCUGAUGGAGGAGGGCAGUCGUAAUGUGCGUCUGGGUACUCUUAUUGCUCUCAUGGUGGAGGAAGGACAGGAUUGGAAACAGGUGGAGAUACCACCUCCUGAGGCUGCCCCGCCCGCUCCCACACCGCCCGCAGCUGCACCAACCCCAGUGGCUCCAGCAACCGCUGUGGCUCCGCCUCCUCCACCCAGACCGAAUGGACAACUUCGGUUAAGCCCUGCUGCGAGGCACAUUUUGGAUACACAUGGUUUGGACCCUCAACUGGCUACAGCCACAGGACCACGAGGUCUCAUCACUAAAGAAGACGCGCUAAACCUGCUGAACAAAAAGGGUCCUGGCAAACCAGCCGCUGUCGUGGAAACACCUGCCCCUGCUCCCGCCCCUGCUGUGGCCCCGUCCACGCCCUCUGCCACCGCGCCCGUGUCCGGACGACCCGCCUACCCCCCAGUGUCCACACCAGGAAAACCCGGAGCUCCAGGCACCUUCACCGAGAUCCCAGCCACCAACGUCCGCCGGGUCAUCGCCCAAAGGCUCACGCAGUCCAAAACCACCAUCCCCCAUGCCUAUGCCUCAGUCGACUGUGACAUGGGCGCCGUCAUACAGCUACGCAAACAGCUGGCCAAAGAGGAGAUCAAGGUGUCCGUCAAUGAUUUCAUCAUUAAAGCGGCCGCAGUCACUCUAAAAGAGCUGCCGGAGGUCAACGUGACCUGGUCAGGAGAGGGACCUAAACCUCUGGACUCCAUCGAUAUCUCCGUUGCCGUGGCAACGGACAAAGGGCUCAUCACCCCUAUAAUCAAAGACGCUGCAAACAAAGGUGUUAAGGAGAUAUCGGCCAGCGCCAAGGUGUUGGCUCAGAAAGCUCGGGAAGGGAAGCUGCUUCCGGAGGAGUACCAGGGGGGCUCUUUCAGUAUUUCUAACCUUGGGAUGUUUGGUAUUAGUGGCUUCAGUGCGGUCAUUAACCCUCCUCAGGCCUGUAUCCUGGCCGUGGGAGUGUCCCGCGCCGAACUCCGCCUCUCUCCAGACGCGCAAGAAGGGGCAGGGCCCAGCCUCAGCACGCAGCAUCUCAUGACGGUCACGCUGUCCAGCGACGGACGGCUGGUGGACGACGAGCUGGCAUCGCGCUUUCUGGACAAGUUCCGCGCCAACCUGGAGCAACCACAGCGCAUGCUGCUCACCUGAGCUGAGAAAGGAGGAAGAGAGAGAAAGAGGUGUCAUUGGACUGAACGAGCACUGGCAGAAUGUUACCUUAAAACUGGCAUAGCGCAGCUUAUGCAAGGUCCCCUCAGAGUUUGAUCCUAGGUAUGCCAGUGAAAGCUGGAACUAGGGCUAUAAAGUGAUUCUGUUUCAUAGAUUCCAUGGCCACGUUUUUGAAAGUGAAAUCAUUUGUGAAUACUUUGCUGUAAGGUGAAUGGGUGACAGGUGUUGAGAUGUUAAGGAUUUUUUUGUACAACUGUACAUUGUAUUUAUUACAGUCAUCUUGGAUUCCAGUACAUGUUCUUCUCUGUCCUUUGGACAUCUCCCGUUUGAAUGCUGACUGCAUGUCCACCAUCUGUCUACACCGUUUCAAACACAGCCCCACUGAUAUUGUACAUUUAUCUUUAUGUUAAUUAUAUACACUAACUUAUUAGAAAAAAAAACCACCAGUGUCCAUCAACUUCCUCAAGAGCUCAAAGCCAUGUCAUCAAGCCAAUAAAAUCUGAUGUUUUC